GUAUUUAAGUCAUUCUUCAUGUAAUAAUGGAUGGAGAGCAGAAGAGGUGAGUGGAUAAUUGAGGUGUUGGAUGAUAUUGAUAUGUGGGUUGGGACGUGAAAGAUUGCACAAACUGAAACCAACUGUCUUACUUCUUCGGGUUUUGGUUAGGAUUUUGAGAAAUGGUGUCAGUGCAAAAGUGUACUACCCCGUAUCAUGCAUACUUGCCAAAUGCAGCAUCUCAGAUGGAUGUGAUGCGUCAAGUGGGGUGGUUCAGGAAGAAUGGUCACAACCGUCGGGCUCCUGGAUGUGUUAUCAGGUCAGAGAAUGUGACCGAAACUUCCAUUUCCUCUAGCCAAGAUAGACUUGGGAGACGUCAAUUUCUUGCAAUCGGACCAACAAUUGUCCCGUUGUUGCUGAUGACUUCUCAGACACCAAUAUCAUUUGCUGCAGAAAAUAAGAAGGGAUUUCUGCCUGUCACAGACAAGAAGGAUGGAUACUCUUUCCUCUAUCCUUUUGGGUGGCAGGAAGUUGUUGUUGAAGGCGAAGAUAAAGUUUUCAAAGAUGUUAUUGAACCACUAGAAAGUGCUAGUGUAAAUUUGGUACCAAGCAGUAAAGAGGAUAUACGAGAUUUUGGUUCGCCACAACAGGUUGCUGAAAUUUUAAUAAAAAAGUUUUUAGCAUCACCUGCUCAGAAAACAAAACUGAUUGAUGCGGCAGAGCGUGACAUUGAUGGCAGAGCCUAUUACACAUUUGAGUUUACUGCACAAGCCCCAAACUACACUCGGCAUGCCCUCACUGCAGUCUGUAUUGGCAAUGGAAAGUUCUAUACAUUGACAACUGGGGCAAAUGAGAGGAGAUGGGAGAAGAUGAAGGAUAGACUACAUACUGUGGUGGAUUCCUUCCAAAUUUUCAAUGUGUAGUAUACUUUAAUAACGUGUUCUUUUUGUUGUUGAUAUCACAGUUUUCAUCUUUAAAUAGUUAAGAUUAGAGGUUGUAUAAGUAAUGUAGAUAUGAGUAUUUUGCUCAUUCUCAACCAUUGCUUGGGAAAAUGGCAUUACAGAUUUUAUACCAGCAGCCUUUGUUGAAUA